GCGACCUGCCGAAGGUGAAAUUAACCUGUUGAAAUGUUGUUGUCGUUGAAAUGUUGCUGAAGUAACGUUGUCAUGCAAAAUAAAGCCUAGUGACAUAGCGCAUCGUCUUCGCCACAUUGGAAACCCCCCGGUAUACUCUCGUACAUCCUGUCGGCUGACUACUAACCAUGUCUGCGGCUUACAAUGAGUAUCUUGUCCCUGGCAAGCGUGGCUUCCAUAUUGACGAGUCAGCGCUUAUGUGCAAGAAUGGCUGUGACUUCUAUGGUAACCCAGUAUGGCAGGGUUACUGCUCCAAGUGCUGGAGGGAUCACUCUCAGAAAGCAAAGCAAGCUCAACAGCUGCAGCAUCACCACCAAGUGUCCCCUGUGCAACCUGGUGUGUCAGGUAGUCCCCAUGCCUUUGCCAAGUUUGAAGAGAAGAAAAGACAGCAGGUUGACAAGCGUUCUAAGAGCAUGCGGUCCAUCUUCAAGAAAGCGCAGGGUAGCAUCAAAGCAGAUCAGGCAUCACAUCCCACGGCACAUUGGAAUCAACAGAAGCAACCGAGCUUCGAGAGCCAGCAGGUCAAGCGCGACUUUGACGAUUUCCUGAAGAGCUUACGCAAGCCGGCGGCAGCAGAUGUGUUCAAACAGAUUCACGCGUUUGUUGAAAAGGUUCAGCAGAGUGAGGACAUGCCUAUUGAGGAUCUAUCAGAGAUGGUACAGGAUUUCUAUCAGAGCAUGGCAGAGAGGCUGCAGACCCACACUGCUUUCAAAGGUUUCAGUGAGGAGCAGGCUGAACAGUUGCUGGGCUUCAUAGAGAAGUAUCUAACGACUCGGCUGUACAAGCUGCUCUUCUGCCCGCUGACGACCGACGACGAGGAGAAGGACCUGCGCGUGCAAAACCGCAUCCGCAGCCUCAACUGGAUCACGACGACACAGCUGGACGCGGAGGUCGACGAUCGUGACCCCGUCAUACGCGAGAAGAUCGACCAGGCGAUAACGGAUAUAAUAAAAAUGGAUUCGAAAAGGGCUCCUCAGGACAAACUUGCUUGUACUGUCCGCUGUAGCAAGCAGAUAUUUGAAAUCCUGAAGGCUUCACGGGGUCAGCCCGCAAGUGCGGACGAGUUUCUACCAGCUCUUAUAUACAUCGUACUGAAGGCAAAUCCUCCACUGCUGCAUUCCAACAUGAGCUACGUCAUGCGAUUCGGCGACCCAAGCAAGCUAAUGAAGGGCGAGGCUGGCUACUACUUCACAAACCUGUGCUGUGCGGUAUCCUUCAUAGAGAACAUCAAUGCAGAGUCACUCAGUCUGACACAAGAGGAGUUUGGCCGCUACAUGUCUGGUGAGGCGGUACCACCUGGUGGAUACGGAAGUAAUGGCUCCACAUGUGAAGGUCUGCGUCUGAUGUAUCAGAACCUGAACGCGCUAGCGGAACUGUGCAAGCGACAGGAGACGCUCAUGGAGAACACGCUGACGCUCCAGCAGGAGAUGCGAGGCUUCAAGGAAGCCAUGCUGCAGGAGAUAGACGGCGUCAUCGCGCGCACGCCGUGCACGAUCCGCGAGCGCGUUAAGGCGAACAUCGACGAGGAAGACUCGGAAGUGGACAACCUGCCGCCUCCGCUGCUGCCAACACCGGCUUCCGUCUAGGUGUCGGUUUUCACCACACCCACUGUUCCUGUCAAAUGCAUUAUGCAUGCAACGAUUUACACACUUCGAAUGUACACCGACCAAAGUCCCGACUACUGGCGUUUUAUUUCAUGUUACAAGUGGGAUUGUGUGGAAAAUAAUGAGAAUCAAGAUGAAGAUUGUAAAGUGUCAA